AUGGAGAACUGGAAGUACUUUGCCAUCUUUAUCGUCCUCGUGCUCAGCUUCACACCCUGUUCUGCCUCAAAAAACCCAUGUUGGUGGGUGCUAGAUGCAGUGAAUAAAGAAAAUCCUGUAGAGCCGACGCCUGUUGUUAUUCCAGGUGGACAGUAUUUGUUGAGGAUUCGAAUUAAGUGCGACAACAUGAUUGACUCCAAGAUGGUGAGGUCAUUGAUAAUGACAGGUGUCAAUCCCACUGUUCGCAUUGAAACAGAACCAUUUGGCCCAAGCCAGCAUAAAGCCAGGAGAUUUUCAUUCUUGAUAUCAUCAUUGUUAGUAGAAAUGGGAGAACAAGACACUUGUGGAUGUUACUUCAUCAAUAGAACCAAAAACAAUGACAGGUUAAGCCAAUGCAGUUGUGAUGGUGCUCUGCCCAGUUGUUUGUACUCAAAGGAUGUUCAACUAGUAGAAGCUGGAGUUGAAUGCUGCAAAGUUGAAACUAACUGUUCAAGUUUCAUAGAACUGUGUAACCCAGCCUGGCUAGUUCCUCUUCACAUCCCUGAAAUGGUACUAACUAUGCACUGUGAGGUUGUCUACAAUGGCAUAGGACCAUACUUAGAAUCUCACAGGCUAACUGUACAUCUGGAUGGAUUUCACUACCUUGUUAACAACACAAGACUCCGCAACAGUCUUGGAGAGGAGGCACAGCUACCAUCAAUUUCCCAGCAAAUGCCAAUCAACUGUGUCCCACACCUGAGUCCCAUUUGUGUCACUGGAUCCAUAGAAAUGUCCAACCAUGUCAUCUAUACAGCUUCUGAAUUUGAAAAGAUGACAUUUUUAAAGAUCAAAGCUGGUAUAUUUGAGCUGCAAGCAAAUCGCCAAAAAAAUCCUGCUGAUGUCACAUCAGCAGAUGGUUUUACGCUUGUAUUGGAUGCUUGCAUUAGUCAAAUGAUUGGUCCAGUUCAGUCAUCAAUCCAUACAGUGACAGUAUUGGGUUUUGGGGAUGAACAGGACAAAGAGAGAGUCUUCAUGGCAGUGCUGCAGAAAGGCAAACCUGCAAACUUUACGGAGCAGAGGGAUUCAAGUAGUAAAAAUGUCUGCCAAUUCGUAAAUGCUCUUCUUGACAAUGCAGUAAGUUAUUCGUGUCAAGUGAUUUCAGGCAGCAUUAAUGGUGUGAAGACGGGAUCAUUUGUUGUUCUUGUAAUGCUUAAGACUGCUUAUACAGAAACAUUUCAUGUCCUGCAGUUUGAAAAAAGUGAAAAUUGGCAGAGAAUCGAAUCCAAUUUAACCGCUGAAGGUUCUGAGGCUGCCUCCCUGUCACUUACAGGCAUAUCGUUCACUGCAAUCGCUUGUGACAGAUUAUUUAUUUGGGGAAAUGCUCUAUUUUUCAGUCCAGACAGCGGGAUUACAGUUCAUUGGCUGAUAUCCUUUUCUGGCAAUUCCACUAUAACUGUGUUCACGACAUCUCUUUUCGAUGGAACUUUUGCAUUCCUUACAGACAACCAGGAGCUGUGGGUUGGUCAGAUUGGCUCGCCAAUUGUCCAGCGGCUUCACAGCAGCGUAGGAACCAAGGGGCUAACUCCAGAUUUCCACAGCCAAAAUAAUUCAUUUGUUGUAUCGAUAUUCUUUGACUCGUCUGGGAGGUUACAGCAGAUUGUUGCUGAUAAAGGCAGUGAUGGACAUGAAACAAUGUGUAUCUUUCUGAAGGAGAUCCUACUUGGCCAAACCAUAUCUAGGCAGUUAUACUCUCAAACGCGAGAGGAAAAUAUUCAAAAAUAUAAAAAAUCCAAGACCUAUUCAGCAUUCUGCCUCAAAAAAGCAUACGUCGAUCUGAAGCAGCUCAACAGUGUUGUACGCACAUGUCCUUUCUCGCGCAUCACAUUUGAAGCCAAACACGACGUGCUUUAUACAAGGAAAUGUUUUUACAAAUUUGAGCCGGCUGUCUACAACGCCAGCGAAGUAAUUCAGAACAAUACCAUACUUCGUGAAUUUUUCUCUGAAGUAGAAAAGGCUGUGAAUUCAGACUGCACUGGUAUUAGUCAAGAAGAGGCACUGGAUAUCAAGGACGUUUUGCCAGAUUUGAUUCAUCUUGGACGAUCGGAGUGGUACUCGUUUGUGUUUUAUCUUUAUUUGGAGAAUGAAUUUCAAGUAGACACUAGUUCACAUUCUUGGAGUCUCGAUCAUCUCCACGCCUCGUUACACCUCUCAGACGCUACCAUUUUAAAUGUGACUUCUCGAAGAUCAGAACUUAUCCCUCAAAAAGCCGUUAGAUAUGAGGUGACAGUGCAGGAUUCAGGGUUUAAACUUCCACAAUUCCGCCCAGGCGAGAGACUCACUCCAGCAUCUUUACAUAUUCAGAUCUGGAAUUCUGGUCUGUCUUGUAGCACCAGUUCUGGUAGUAGGGGAUCCAUUCAGGGCUCCUAUGUGAUGACUGUGCUCCUCGGGUGUCCCGCGGGUCGGAAGAUUUACUUUGAUCCUGAGGCCUCAAAAAACUCUUCGAGUAAAAAGCACUAUUGUUCUACCGUUCACGGGGUUCCAUGCUUUUAUUUUUACCGAGAUUUUUCACCAGUGUUUAGAGUAUUAGACUUAGCCACAGGUCAGGUUAACCAGUUCUAUGGAAAAUAUUAUCUAAAAAUUGUGGGAGGAGGACCAACCUAUCAGUCAAUAACAGAUUACUCACAAGAGGAACAGACUAUGUAUAACUACCAAACAACAAGCUCCAUGGCAUCUUUGAUCUGGGCAUCUAAAUUAAAGACGCUGGGAGAUAUUCCCGUUUUUGAUAGCAAGACAAAUGGUAUAAGCUGGUUGUGUGGUACACAGAGCCCUUGUGCAGAUAUUGGCCCAACCUUUCCCGGGAAUGCCGAGUAUUAUUUCAAGCUGGAAUUUUCAAACAGGAUCGUAGAUGCUGAUUCAUCAAACUGUGACUAUACUAUUCGAUUCCUGAUCCGAGUUCACGGCUUACCCCCAGGCUCACUCAACCCAUCAUCCCUUAUUGUGCUGUCUUGUAUUGCAAUCCUGACCGUUCUCAUUUUAACCUUCUUUCUGCUGAAAAGACAGGACUCCAAGGUCUGGAGGCAUAUAAAGAGUGGGUUGUCUGUGGUACGUCACGUGCCCGGCCUCUGUAGGGCCGGGAUCUGUGGCAAAGUCAUUAGCAUGCGCAGGAACAAGAUAGACCAUUUGGAAGAUCAAGAUCAAGUUCAACUUCAAGUCAUUAAUCGAGCCCUUUUUUUUGUAUCUUCGGCAAUGAAAACAGAUUCUGAAUACACCACUGAAGCUCCCAUCGAAGUCAGUGGAAACAGAACAGAACAGUCACUUUCCGUGCUUAUGGUAAACCGAAGCCCGUUCACUCUGUAG